CAACCAACCGAAGCACAUCAGCGGCCACUGCCAUGGCGGAACGCCGCGCCUUCGCCCAAAAAAUCAGCAGGACUGUGGCAGCAGAGGUUAGGAAGCAGAUAGCUGGCCAGUAUGGGGGCUCCCCACAGCUCCUCAAGAACCUCAAUGUGGGGGCUGCUGCCAGCAACACAGUUCCCCUCACAGAGGCGGUAGAGCCAGUGGACUUUGAGGAGUACCUCAUCACUCAUCCGCCUGUCAUUGAAUCAGGUCCCCUGAGAGACCUCAUUGAGUUUCCUCCAGAUGACAUCGAGGUGAUCUACAGCCCCAGGGAGUGUCGCACUGUGGUACAGCCUGUUCCAGAAGAAGGAGAUACCGAUCCCCACGUCAGAGACUGUGUUCGGUCUUACACAGAGGACUGGGCCAUCGUCAACAGAAAAUACCACAAGCUUGGUACGGGGUUUAACCCCAACACUCUGGACAAGCAGAAGGAGCGUCAGAAGGGUCUACCCAAACAAGUGUUUGAGGCUGAUGAGAUGCCAGACACCAGCAGCUACCAGGAUGACCAGGAUGAGCUGAAGCGGCGGUCCAUGUCGAUAGACGACACUCCCCGGGGCAGCUGGGCUUGCAGCAUCUUUGACCUGAAGAACUCCCUCCCCGAUGCCCUCCUUCCCCACCUUCUUGACCGCUCACCGAAUGAGGAGAUCGACCGGCACAACGAAGACCAGCGCAAGGCCAACCGCCAUCGUGAGCUCUUUGCCCUGCACCCUGCCCUCGACGAGGAGGAGCCCAUCGAACGCCACUGUUUGCCCGAUGUGCCUAAAGAACACUUUGGUCAGAGGCUACUCGUCAAGUGCUUGUCCUUGAAGUUUGAGAUUGAAAUUGAGCCCAUAUUCGCCAGCUUGGCCUUAUACGAUGUCAAGGAAAAGAAAAAGAUAUCAGAAAACUUUUUCUUCGACUUGAAUUCAGAGCAGAUGAAGGCGAUGUUGCGUCCGCACAUCCAGACAGCAGCCAUCUCCACCCUGGCACGUUCUGCUAUAUUUUCCAUCACCUACCCCUCGCAGGACGUCUUCCUGGUCAUCCAGCUGGAGAAGGUGCUACAGCAAGGUGAUAUUGGAGAGUGUGCUGAGCCUUAUAUGGUCUUCAAAGAGUCUGAUGCCACCAAGAACAAAGAGAAGCUGGAGAAGCUUCGCAGCCAGUCGGAGCAGUUCUGUCAGCGUCUGGGCCGGUACCGCAUGCCCUUCGCCUGGACCGCCAUCCAUCUGAUGAACAUUGUCAACAGUGCCGGCAGUCUGGAGAGGGACACAGAGCUGGAGAUGAGCCUCUCAGAGAGAAAAGGGUCCUGGUCAGAGCGAAGGAAUUCAAGCAUCAUGGGAAGGCGUUCUCUGGAGAGGACCACCAGCGGCGAUGAGUCGUGCAGCUUGACAGGAUUCAGGCCUGCCACACUAACUGUCACCAACUUCUUCAAACAGGAGGGGGACAGGUUGAGUGAUGAGGACCUCUAUAAGUUCCUGGCUGACAUGAGGAGGCCAUCCUCAGUGCUGAGGAGACUCAGACCCAUAACAGCCCAGCUGAAGCUGGACAUCUCGCCAGCCCCAGAGAACCCCCACUACUGCUUGACCCCAGACCUUCAUCAGGUCAAACCCUACCCAGACAGCAGGGUACGCCCCACCAGGGAGAUCCUUGAGUUCCCUGCCAGGGAUGUCUAUGUGCCCAACACGACGUAUAGGAAUCUGCUAUAUGUGAACCCACAGAGUCUCAACUUCGCCAAUCGCCAGGGCUCUGCCCGCAACAUCACAGUGAAAGUGCAAUUUAUGAAUGGGGAGGAUCCAAACAAUGCAAUGCCGGUGAUAUUUGGCAAGUCCAGCUGUGCAGAUUUCUAUAAAGAGGCCUAUACUGCUGUUGUUUACCAUAACAGAUCCCCGGACUUCCAUGAUGAGAUCAAGAUCAAGCUUCCUGCCUCUCUGUCAGACCACCACCAUAUCCUCUUCACCUUUUACCAUGUCAGCUGCCAGCAGAAACAGAACACACCCCUGGAGACCCCUGUGGGAUAUACGUGGAUCCCCAUGCUGCAGAAUGGGCGUAUUAGAACGGGCCACUUCUGUCUGCCUGUGUCUUUGGAGAAGCCUCCACAGUCCUACUCUGUCCUCUCCCCUGACGUUCCUCUCCCAGGAAUGAAGUGGGUGGACAAUCAUCGAGGAGUGUUUAAUGUGGAAGUUGUGUCUGUUUCAACCAUUCACACACAGGACCAGUACCUUGAUAAAUUCUUUGCCUUAGUACAUGCCCUGGAUGAGCACAUGUUCCCAGUGAGGAUAGGAGACAUGCGCAUCAUGGAGAACAACCUGGAGGCAGAGCUUAAAUCCAGCAUCGCAGCUCUCAACUCCUCCCAGCUGGAGCCGGUGGUUCGAUUCCUCCACCUGCUGCUGGAUAAGUUGGUGUUGUUGGUGGUGCGGCCUCCGGUUAUUGCCGGACAGAUAGUGAAUCUUGGCCAGGCGUCCUUUGAGGUCAUGGCCUCCAUAGUGAACCGUCUCCAUAAGUACUUGGACACCAGCCAGGACAUGCAUGGCCGCAACAGUCUGCUGUCUUCCUAUAUCCACUAUGUCUUCCGCUUGCCAAACACCGACCCCAACUCGCCCUCGCCAGAAUCCAACUCAGCCCCAACAGGCCCAGGGGGGUUGGGAGGUUCGGUCCACUAUGCCACUAUGGCCCGUUCGGCAGUCCGACCCGCAAGCCUCAACCUCAACCGCUCCCGCAGCCUUAGCAACAGUAACCCGGACAUCUCAGGCACCCCCACUUCUCCUGACGACGAGGUCCGCUCUAUCAUCGGCAGCAAGGCCAUGGAGCGCUGUGGCAAUCGCAUGUCUUCGCACACUGAGAGCGCCAGUUUCUUGCAAACUUUAACAGGACGGUUGCCCACCAAAAAGCUCUUCCAUGAGGAGUUGGCGCUCCAGUGGGUGGUGAGCAGUGGCAGUGUCAGGGAGGGUGCUCUCCAGCAGGCUUGGUUUUUCUUUGAGCUCAUGGUGAAGAGCAUCAUUCACCAUCUGUACUUCACUGACCGCCUGGAGUCACCGAGGAAGAACCGGUUCCCCGAGCGCUUCAUGGAUGACAUCACGGCUCUGGUCAGCACUAUAGCUGGAGACAUCGUCUCUCGCUUCCAGAAGGACCUGGAGCUGGUAGAGAGACUGAACACAAGUCUGGCCUUCUUUCUCAAUGACUUGCUUUCGGUCAUGGACCGAGGCUUUGUAUUUACUCUCAUCAAGACGUACUGGAAACAGGUUUCUACAAAGCUUUACACGCUGCAGAAUCCAACACUAGAGUCAUUAAGGCUGGACUUCCUUCGAAUCGUCUGCAGCCACGAACACUACGUCACCCUCAACCUGCCCUGUAGCUUGCUCACACCGCCUGCCUCACCUUCCCCCUCUGUCUCUUCAGCUACUUCACAGAGCUCGGGCUUCUCCACUCAUGUGCAGGACCAGAAGAUAGCCAACAUGUUUGAGCUGUCUGUCCCUUUUAGGGAGCAACACUAUCUGGCCGGACUGGUACUGUCUGAGCUGGCUGUUAUACUGGAUCCAGACAACGAGGGAAUGUUUGGCUUGCAUAAGAAGGUGGUGAGUGUGGUCCAUAACCUCUUAUCCAGCCACGACUCGGACCCACGCUAUGCUGACCCUGAGGUCAAGGCCCGCGUUGCCAUGCUCUACUUGCCACUUAUUGGCAUUGUCAUGGAAACGCUGCCACAGCUCCAUGACUUCACAGAGUCCCAUAACCAGUGGGGUCGGCCGGGUGGUCCCCAGGGAGCAGCAGCGGGAGUCAGUGGGGAAGAGGCAGAGAGUGAUGGCAACAGCAUGAUAAGCCAGACCGUUGCCAUGGCAAUAGCGGGGACCUCCACUGUUCCCCCAAUGUCUAGGCCCGGCAGCUUCCUGCUCAACCAGCAGGCGAGUCGUCAGCAUGGUACCUUCUCAGCUGAGUCUAGUCGAAGCCUUCUGAUCUGCCUGCUGUGGGUGCUGAAGAAUGCAGAUGAGCUGGUGCUCCAAAAGUGGUUCACAGACUUGUCUGUGUCCCAACUUAACCGUCUGCUUGACCUCCUUUACCUAUGUGUCUCCUGCUUCGAGUACAAGGGGAAGAAGGCCUUUGAGCGUAUGAAUAGCCUGACCUUUAAAAAGUCAAAGGACAUGAAGGCCAAGCUGGAGGAGGCCAUUCUUGGCAGCAUCGGGGCCAGACAGGAGAUGGUGCGGCGCAGCCGAGGACAGCUAGAGAGGAGUCCCUCUGGCAGUGCCUUUGGCAGUCAGGAGAACCUGCGCUGGAGGAAGGACAUGACCCACUGGAGACAGAACAGUGAGAAGAUGGACAAGAGCCACAGAUCAGUCAGGUUAAGAGACAGCGUCUUGCUACGCAGCAACGGGCGUGCCCAGGAGGUUAGGACCAGGGCGGAGUUGGAGCACGAAGCACUUAUCGAUGGUAAUCUAGCAACAGAAGCCAACCUAAUUAUCCUCGAUACUCUGGAGGUUAUAGUGCAGACGGUGUCAGUGACAGAGUCCAAAGAGAGUAUUCUCGGUGGAGUGCUGAAGGUUCUGCUUCACAGCAUGGCCUGUAACCAGAGUGCCCUCUACCUUCAGCACUGCUUCGCUACACAGAGGGCACUGGUGUCUAAGUUCCCCGAGCUGCUAUUUGAGGAGGAGACAGAGCAGUGUGCUGAUCUGUGUUUGCGUCUGCUGAGGAACUGCAGCAGUAGCAUAAGCACCAUCAGGUCCCAUGCCAGCGCCUCGCUCUACCUUCUCAUGAGGCAAAACUUUGAGAUUGGCAACAAUUUUGCCCGGGUGAAGAUGCAGGUGACUAUGUCCCUGUCCUCUCUGGUGGGGACAUCUCAGAACUUCAACGAGGAGUUUCUGCGUCGCUCUCUCAAAACCAUUCUCACCUAUGCAGAGGAGGACCUUGAGCUGAGAGAGACCACCUUCCCUGACCAGGUUCAGGACCUUGUGUUCAACCUGCACAUGAUCCUAUCUGACACAGUGAAGAUGAAGGAACACCAGGAAGACCCAGAGAUGCUAAUAGACCUCAUGUACAGGAUUGCGAAGGGUUACCAGACAUCUCCAGACUUGCGGCUGACGUGGCUCCAGAACAUGGCUGGGAAACACUCUGAGAGGACCAACCAUGCUGAGGCUGCCCAGUGUCUGGUGCACAGUGCCGCCCUGGUGGCAGAAUACCUCAGCAUGCUUGAAGACCGCAAGUACCUCCCUGUGGGGUGUGUCACCUUUCAGAAUAUCUCUUCCAAUGUGCUGGAGGAGUCAGCGGUUUCUGAUGAUGUGGUGUCCCCAGAUGAGGAAGGCAUCUGUUCAGGGAAAUACUUCACUGAGGCUGGCCUAGUGGGACUCCUGGAGCAGGGUGCUGCUUCUUUCUCCAUGGCGGGCAUGUAUGAGGCAGUGAAUGAGGUAUACAAGGUACUAAUCCCUAUCCAUGAGGCCAACAGGGAUGCCAAGAAGCUAGCCACCAUACAUGGUAAACUACAGGAAGCCUUUGGCAAAAUUGUCCACCAGAGUACUGGCUGGGAGAGAAUGUUUGGUACGUACUUCAGAGUUGGCUUCUAUGGCUCAAAAUUUGGCGACUUGGAUGAGCAGGAGUUUGUGUACAAAGAGCCUGCUAUCACCAAGCUAGCAGAAAUCUCGCAUAGACUUGAGGGUUUCUAUGGCGAACGAUUUGGAGAAGAACAAGUGGAAGUCAUUAAGGACUCCAACCCAGUGGACAAGUGUAAAUUAGACCCAAACAAGGCAUUUAUCCAGAUCACAUAUGUGGAGCCGUACUUUGACACAUACGAGAUGAAGGACCGCAUCACCUACUUUGAUAAGAACUAUAACCUGCGGCGCUUCGUCUACUGCACCCCCUUUACCUUGGACGGGCGGGCGCAUGGAGACCUGCACGAGCAGUUCAAACGCAAGACCAUCCUCACCACCUCCCAUGCCUUCCCGUACAUCAAAACGCGCAUCAACAUCAUUCACAAAGAGGAAAUCAUAUCCAUGCCAAUUGAGGUAGCCAUAGAGGACAUGCAGAAGAAGACUCAGGAGCUGGCCUUCGCCACCCACCAGGACCCUGCUGAUGCCAAAAUGCUGCAGAUGGUCCUACAGGGCUCAGUAGGCACAACUGUCAACCAGGGACCUCUGGAAGUUGCCCAGGUGUUCCUGUCAGAGAUCCCCAGUGAUCCAAAGCUGUACAGACACCACAAUAAGCUACGUCUCUGCUUCAAGGACUUCACCAAGAGGUGUGAAGAUGCCCUGCGAAAGAACAAGAGUCUGAUCGGUCCAGAUCAGAAAGAGUACCAGAGGGAGCUAGAAAGAAAUUACCACCGACUCAAAGAGGCACUGCAGCCCCUCAUCAACAGAAAGAUCCCUCAGCUUUAUAAACCAGUCUUGCAGAUAAACUCACACAGAGAUUCCUUCAGCCGAAUGAGUCUCCGCAAGCUUGACAUUUGAAGAGCGGGAGAGAGGGGGGAUGCACAAAGAAACAAAAAACAAAACAAGAGAACUGCAACAUUAAUUUAUUCCUGAGUGUAGAUAGGAGCGUCUCCUGGAAGUCAGUCAGUGUUCCUGAUGGUGAGCUAAAAGAAAGGUGAAAAGUAUUACGGCUCGGUACGUCAUUCCAGUGUCUUAAUUUGUUUACAGAUGACCUGUUACACAAUCAGUGGGACGAACAAGAGAAUUGUAAAGGGAUAUCUUGACGUUUUUAAUUUUGUUUUACUUUGACAGGCAUUUGUCACAUGAGGAAUUCUACAUGUGUUCCUCAGCGGCCCUUCAGUGUUUGUAUUCCUUAUUAAAACCAAAGGAAAAAAAAUGUUGGUAGCAAGCGAAUGAGCUGCAGCCUCGUGGUACUCCAUUGGCUUUUAAUGAGGAAUCUUAUCUAUUUCAGUUAAUUCAAGUGCCAUACAGCACCCCCCCCCCCAAAAAAACUGACAAGUGUCUGUGAAAAAGGUACUAUUUAUAAAGUCAAGGUAUCUUUUUAAUUGCAUAUAAUUGUGUCAAAUCUGUAUUCAAUUUCAUGUGUGCACUUUUUAUUACAGUGUAGCGAUGCAUUUUACAACGCAAAUGUUUACUAUUUAAUCCAAAAUGUUGAAAAAAAGAACAUGCAAAAAUUUUACCAUUAUUUAUCAUAAUGCUUUAUCAGUUUUAGUUUUAAGCUACAUCAUUUUUAAGUUAAUGACUUGUUUUAAUUUUCCUUGAAUAAUUUCAUGUAGUUUUUGUUUAAAUAUUUUACUAAAAAUAUUUUAAU